AUUCUCAAAUACUAUAAACGAAAUUGUGAACAGGUAUAAAUAUAAUAGUUUUACCGACUGACUGCGAGCGAAGAAACCUUAAAUACGUGCUGUGAUCCAUAUUACUAUAUUCCGAUGAAUAAUUUAUAAGAGGCGGUUUGUGUGUUUUUGUUUUUUUUUGCGAGAGAGGGAGAGGAAAUGUCUGUUGGCAUCUUAUGCGCCAGCUGUUUUCUAUAGUUGCACAUAAUGCAAAUGGCAUAUUUUCUCAAUGUUGCUAGUCAUCAAAUAAUUGGGGAUAUUCUUCGUAUACACCGGUCGGUGAUUUACGAGUACGAGCAUGUGUUCAUUAAUCCAAGAUAAAACAAGAGUCCGGGUCAGUUCUGUGUUGAACCGUGAUGUGAAGCAAUUUGGUAAAAGUGGCCUCUUUGAUUGUCGGGAUGACACUUGCUGGAAUUCAAGUGAGGGAACACCGCAAUGGAUUCUUGUUGAUUUAGGUAUUCAAGCCGAGAUUAAAGAGAUUGCUAUCAGUUUCCAAGGUGGGUUUGCUGGAAAAGACUGCUGGAUAGAAACCUCUUCAUCAGUUAAUUCUAAUGAAUUAAAAUAUCUAUGUAAAUUUUAUCCAGAAGAUAAUUCAACACUACAAAUUUUCCCACUCAAAGAGUCACCUACAGCACAAUUGAUUAAAAUAGUGUUUCAUACAAGUACAGACUUCUAUGGCCGAAUUAUUGUCUAUAAACUGGAUAUUAUUGGAGUUGAUCUAACAGAAAAGUGAUUGAAAUGUUAACAGUUGGAUUUUAUAAAUUUUUAAAAAAUAUUUAAUUCGCCAUGCAAUAUUGGUUUGACUUCAUAGAACAAGCUACCAUAUUGGCUGAAAUUAUGUUGAUUCAACCAAAACUAUUGAGAAUACAUUUUUUGUGUUGGAAAAACAAUGUAUUUCUUCUCCAUUAGGCUUGACUUGAAAACUGGAAUGCAAUAUUUUCAUCAGAUUAACAAUUAAUUAAGAAUGAGCAACAACAAUUCGUAAGUAUUCUGAUAUGAGAAUUUCAAUUUCAAAUGUACCAUGGGCUGAUGUGUUAGUUUAAAGCACAAAGAUCAAGAAUUAGAUUUGAUAUUUUUUUUUUUGUCAAAUAGUUCUACAGAUGAUGUCACUAUUUCUAGUAAUGACCAGAGCAGAAACACAUUUCCAGACACUUUGUUGAUGAAAACCAGCAAAGCUGUACAUUUGACUGGCAAGGAACAGCAUAUCAAUGUCUCACAAAUCAUUGGUUUGUGUAGCAUUAUAAAUUAACUCUAUAAAUUAACACUGGACUUUUAAUGAAAAUUUCAAGAAGAUUACCUGUAAAUAUUAUUACAAAAAGUAAUAACAAACCUGCAUUUAUAAAGAAAAUGAACGUA